UUGAUUAUUUGAUUAGGGUGGAGCUAAUAAAAGGCGGAAUCAACAAACAAGAAAGUACCGGAAUGUCAUUUGGAGGAGGAAAAGGAAAAAAUGACCCUCUUAAUAAAAGGAUAAAAGAGAACCCAAGAUACAAGCACAUUAAACCAGUCGUUGACUCUGGCUCAAGUAUGAGAAAAUACUUGGAACAAUUGGAAGAAACAAGAAAAAAUUACAAGUUUAAGAAAGACGAGAUAUUUCGUAGGCUCAAACCAACAACAUUUGCUCAACUUGUGUUACAAGUUGCAUCAGUGAGAGAGGAAGAGGAGGAGGAAGAAGUGGAAGAAGAAGAAGAUGGAGAGGAAAGUUAUAGCUAUUCACUACCAACUUAUCCAUCUCCGCCUUCAACUGCAAGAUCAACAUUAUCAGAGUUGGUGUCUGGGGUUGGUGAGUUAGACAUUAGCUCAUCAUCUACACAGUCGAAUGGCUCACCAUUCCACCAGCAGCAGCUGUAUCAAUCUUCUCCUGGUAAAGAUGACUCCCAAGAGAUACCGUAUUUACUUCUUGAUGUCAGAGAUACUGAAAAAUACCAGCAAUGUCAUAUAAUAACUGCUCAGAGUUAUCCUUUGUGCAUGUUAUCAAGGUCACGUAAUCCUUAUACUAAAGAGAUGUACCACUAUAAGAACAGAUCCGGUUGUAUUAUUAUCCUUUAUGAUGAAGAUGAGACUAUUGCUCCUGAUGUGGCUACUAAACUCUCUCAGCGUGACUUUGACAAUGUAUUUAUGCUCUCAGGAGGUAUGAAGGUUCUAUACAAGACAUUCCCUGAUGGUUUUUUGACUGGUGUUGUUCCAAAAUCAUGUCUUCCUUCUCCUCCCCUUCCUUCCGUUGGUGGACAUAGGAAGUCAUCAACUUCAAGGAGCAGUAUAGACAUUGUUCCUACAACUGCUACCACUGACACUGUAUUGAGGGAUUCCUUCUCUAAUGAUGAUCUUCUCUGCAUACAAAGGAGGCUAGAUGAUGUUUUGCUAGCAUCUGUAGCCACUGGUUCUACAAGGGGCAGCAGUAGAGGCUCAGUGAUAUCUUCAAGACAUUCAACAACAUCCCAGUCAACUAUAAAGCCAUGGAAAUAAGCAACAACAACAACAACAAAUAUAUUAAUUACAGUUGAUUAUUAAUUAAUUUGCCACACUACACAUCAACAAAUAAUUAAUGUCUUUGA